CCAAACCUCUCAUCUUCUCCAUUAUCAAUUUUUAACCAUAUCUUAGCUCCCUCUCGGGGAAGGAAAGCGUGCCGUUUUCUAGUUAUAUAUCUAUAAGAAGAUCGUGCCGUUUUUACUGUGGUGGGAGGAGAGAUGGAAGUUAAGGUUAGGAGGGAGGAGAUCGUGCCGUUUAUGGUAAUGGUGCUGAUGGAGGGAUGCACGAUCGCCUUAACGAUCAUGGCGAAAACGGCGUUGACGGGAGGGAUGAGCCCUUUUGUGUUCGUUGUUUACACAAACGCCCUCGGAUCCUUUCUUCUUCUUCCCUUCUCUUUCUUUUUUCACAAACAAGAGAGAACCGAACUAUCCAUCUUCUCUCGGCCUCUUCUCGUGCGCAUUUUCUUUCUGGGUUUUACCGGGGUAUUUAUGUUCCAAAAUUUGGCAUUUGUGGGGCUAAGCUUCAGCUCACCCAUUGUAGUGUGUGCAAUGGGAUUGCUCCUUCCUUCUUUCUCCUUCCUCCUCUCUCUCCUUCUCGGGAGGAGCAGCUUAGAGUGGCAAAACACGAGCACGAGAGCCAAAGUGGUUGGGACAUUGAUAUCGGUGAGUGGAGCAAUCGUGGAGGAAUUCUACAAAGGUCCUUACAUAAGACCUUCUUCGUCUCCUUCCCCGACCGGCCUGCUGAGGUCAAUCCCAAGACUUUUCGUCUAUUACAAGAUCCCCGACAACUGGGUUCUCGGCGGCGUUUUCCUCGCAGCUGCCGUUUUUUCCGUCGCGAUUUUCAACGUCAUUCAGAUGGGGACAGUCCAAAAAUAUCCGCAAGUGAUGAAGGUGGCGUCGUUUUACAGCAUAGUCGGGACAUUGCAGUGCCUCGCCUUCUCGUUGUUCAUGGAGAGAGAUCCGUCUGCAUGGUCUAUCAAACCUAACUUUGAUCUUCUCCUCAUAAUCGUCACGGGAAUAUUCGGGAGUGUGGUACGUACAAGUGUGCAAGUGAAGUGCGCCCAAAUGAAGGGACCGUUUUACGUGCCGUUAUUCAAGCCCUUUGGUAUCUUCUGGGCCUCUCUUUUUGGGACCAGCUUCUUCGUCAACAGCCUCCACUAUGGGAGCGUGUUGGGAGCCGCAAUAGGAGGAGUCGGGUAUUUCACAGUGACGUGGGGGCAAAUGAAAGAAGCCGAAGAGAAACAAAAGCCAAGGAAAGAGACUAAAUGUACCAAAGCAAUUCAUUACAACGAAGAACACAAGGUCCCACUCCUUCGUCACGGUGAAGAAGACAGUCAAGUCUGAACGCAAUGGAAUCACGCACCAGAAAAAAAAAAAGAGUAUUUUUUUUUUGUGUGUAAUAAAAAUAUUUUUUAUUUAUAAAUUGUGUAUGUUUAUAAGUCUAAAUGGUGUUUUGCCGAUGUAGGCUUUUUGGUCCGAAAGGCAAUCCCAUAAAUAUGUCUUUGGCUGUAUAUGUCUAGAGAGUUUUUCCAUAUGAUGUUUUAUGCUAUGGAGAUUUCUCAUCAUAAGUUGUAAGCAUAUAAUGUGAAUAAAUCCUUCGUUAAAUGUCGAAGGCCUCGUGUGAUUA